GACAUUGUUAUCAUUGAAGGUCAAAAUAUAAAUCUAAAAUUAUUAUUUUAUUUUGUAUCGGCUCUCUACCGAUUAUAAAAUAUCAUAAUCUAGAUAAGUAGUAGGUAAUUGUUUGCUAAAAUAGUUAAUGAUCUAAGUUCACUUACAAUUUGUGCUUUGCUUAGUGUGGUUGGAUUUAACAAAAAAAAAAUGAGUUCAAGAUUUGAUGUAGUACAACAGGGCCCACCAAUUGAGGUAUUCAAUUUGAUGAAACUUUUUCAAGAAGAUACAAACAAAAACAAAGUAAAUUUAGGAGUCGGUGCUUACAGAGAUGAAAAUGGCAAGCCAUGGGUCCUCCCUGUUGUUCGGCAGAUGGAGAAGCAAAUGGCAGCUGAUGAGACACUUCUCCAUGAAUAUCUUCCCGUGCUUGGUUUUGAACAGUUCAGCAACUUGUCGGUGUCAAUGCUCUUGGGGAAGGACAGCCCUGCUAUAGCUGAAGGAAGAGCUUUUGGCGUCCAGGUGUUGUCUGGGACAGGAGGUCUGAGAGUCGGUGCUGAAUUCCUACAGGAGCAUUUAAAAUACAACACAUUCUACUAUUCCAAUCCCACUUGGGAGAACCACCAUCUGGUGUUCGUGAAGUCCGGGUUCAGUCAGCCGCGCGUCUACCGCUACUGGGACCCCAAGAGGCGCGCCUUCGACUUCGAGGGCAUGGUAGAGGACCUGAGCGGAGCGCCCGAGAACUCCGUGAUACUGUUGCACGCGUGCGCUCACAACCCCACCGGCAUCGACCCCACAAGGGAGCAGUGGGAGAAGAUCGCCGACGUCAUGGAGCAACGCAAGCUGUUCCCAUUCUUCGACAGCGCCUACCAAGGGUUCGCGUCGGGCGACCUGGACCGCGACGCGUGGGCGGUGCGCUAUUUCGUGCAGCGCGGCUUCGAGCUGGUGUGCUCGCAGUCCUACGCUAAGAACUUCGGCCUUUACAAUGAACGUGUGGGCAACCUGGCGGUGGUGGUGUCGGACCAGCGGCUGGUGGCGCCCAUCAGGUCGCAGCUCACGUGGGUUGUGCGCGGGAUGUACUCCAACCCUCCCGCCCACGGAGCGCGGGUUGUGGCCAACGUGCUCGCUGACGAGAAACUCUUCAACCAAUGGAGAGAGCACAUAAAGCUGAUGUCGUCCCGAGUUAUUGAAAUGAGAGAAGCACUCAGAGCCGAGCUUAUUAAAUUGCAAACACCCGGCAAUUGGGACCACAUAGUGAAGCAAAUCGGGCUGUUCUCGUACACGGGCCUCAACGAGAUCCAGUCCGAGUACCUGGUGCGCGAGCAUCACAUCUACCUGCUGCGCUCCGGACGCAUCAACAUCUGCGGCCUCAACCCGUCCAACGUGCAGUACGUCGCACGAGCCAUGCACGACGCCGUCACCAAGUUCCCGAACAACGACGAUGGUGUCUCGAAGUUAUAAGUUGUACGCAGUUAGCAUAGCGUGUAGCCAUGCUUCCGAGUCCUCUGAAAUGUACAUAUAAUAACUGGACUUCAUUCUGGCGGUAUACAAAUGAAUUCCUAUGAAUAAAUUGAAAAUCCUAUUAUUAUUGUAGACGAUUUUAUAAGAAUUUAUAGAUAGUUAGAAUUAUAUUAUAGUUAUGGUAUUAUAAAAUAUACAUUCCUAUUUUGGUGAUUAAUAAAAUAUAUUUUUUUUUGUA